AUGUGGCGGCUUCAUUCCAUGACUGAUCCAUUUCCAAAAUCCGCGGGGCCGGCGUCGACCACCGGGGCUUACACCGGAAUUGACGACCUUGGCGGCGCUCAAGAAAACGGAGGGGGUGGAGGAGGAUCAGGUGGAGGAGGAUCAGGUGCAGGAGGAUCAGGUGGAGGAGGAUCAGGUGGAGGAGGCUCAGGUGGAGGAGGAUCAAAUGGUGGAGGAUCAGGUGGAGGAGGAUCAAAUGGAGGAGGAUCAGGUGGAGGAGGAUCAGGUAGUGGUGGGUCAGGUGGCGGAGAUUCAGGUGGAGGAGGAGGAGGUCGUGACGAAGGUGGUGGAGGAGGUGGUAGAGGAGGUUCUGGCGACGGUGGUGAAGGAAGUUCAGGUGGAGGGGAUGGAGGGGGUGGAGGAGGAUCAUCUGAAGGAGGUUCUAAUGGACAAGCAUCGGAAGGCAGCGGCAAUAACGCAUUAGUAGCAGGAGCGGUUGGAGCAUUAGGAGGAGCAGCAAUAGCAGGAGGAAUAGGCUAUAAGAAAAAUAAAAAUCUAAAACAACAAUUAAAUGGUCGGGAUGGAUAUGAUGGUGAUAGAUAUGAUGAUAGAUACGGACAUGGUGGAUCUGGUGGUCAUAGUCGAUAUGAUGAUUAUCAACAUGGUGGAGUCAAUUCUGACGACAGACACGAUGUCGGUGAACUUGGAAGUGCUCAAAACAGCGGAGGCGGUGGAGGAACUAAUGCAGUUGCAGGUGGAGGAGGAGCAGGCGGAGUAGCAACAGGUGGGGGAGGUACAGGUGCAGUAGCAACAAGUGGAGGAGGCACUGCUGAAGUAGCAACAGGAGGUGGUGGAGGAGGUGGCGGAGUAAGUAAUGACGGAGGUGGCGGAGGAAGUGGUGGAGGUGGAUCAUCUGCAGGAGGUUCUGAAGGACAAGCAUCGAAUAGUAAUGGUUUUAGCCCAUUAACAGCCGGAAUAUUCGGAGCACUAGGAGGAGCAGUAGCAGCAGGAGGAAUAGGAUAUAGAAAAAAUCGAAAACUAAAAAAACAAUUAAAUGGUCGUGAUGGCUAUAGUCAGGGUGGAUAUGGUCAUGGUGGAUAUGGUCAUGGUGGAUAUGGUAAUGGUGGCAAUAGUCAUGGUGGAAAUGGUGGAAAUGGUGGAAAUGGUAGUAAUAGAUAUGAUCGUGAUAGAUAUGGUAAUGACAGAUAUCAUGAUGAUGAUGAUGAUGAUAAUGAUUAUGAUAGACAUAGACCUGGUCGACAUGUUGAUCAUGAUCGAAAUGAUAAUUAUCGUGGAGAAAAUAGCGGUGGUCAUGGUGGACAAGGUGAUAAUCGUGCAGAAAAUAGUGGUGGUCGUGGUCGACAAGAGGAUCAUCAUGGUGAUAAUGGUGGUGGCCAUAGUCAACAAGAUAAUAAUCGUGGAGAAAAUGGUAGUGGUCAUGGUCGACAAGAUAAUAAUCGUGGAGAAAAUAAUAGUGGUAAUGGUCGACAAGAUGAUCAUCGUGGAGAAAAUGGUGGUGGUCGAGGUGAAGCUGAUCCUGACCACAAACGCGAUGUCCGUGGCAAGGAAGACAAUAAUCCUGUUACUAAUACAAUUGUGCACCAUCAUGUGACUUAUACUUAUGCGGUUACGCAACCAGUAUCGUGCAAUGCCACACACAAUAGGCCUCUCUCGGCUGGAGACAAUGGUUCAGUUGGGAUUGGAAAUAGGACUGAACCGAGGCGGACAAGAUUUGUCAUAACAUCUGACAGAAGACAAGUGACUACCAGCUACGAAACAUAUAAGAAGGGUUCUUCCAAGGAGAUUCUUCAGGUCUGA